AUGGAGAAGGAGGUAGUGGAAAGCCAGCUGGUGCACACCGCCUUCUCAAAGGGCACCCGUCUGACUUCCUUCUUUCAGGAAUACAACAAUGCUGCCUUCAUCGUGGAGAACAUCUGCAAGAAGCAGUGCAUCUACUAUGUGGAGAAUCUGCAGGUGGCGACCACUCAAGGGACAGAAAUCUGCAAGUGUGGCCACACGAAGAGCAUUCACUGUGCGGAGGCCUUCAACUAUGUGGGACCACACAGUGAUGACUGGCACCCAAAGACACACACCCGCAAAGUGCCCACUGAUGCCUUUGGGACCAUGAACUUUACUAAUCUGGGGAAAAACAGUGCCAAGUACGUCCGAGUCUCCGUCGACACUCCCCCCGAGAAGCUGUUUGAGUUGCUGACAUCCUGCUGGCAGCUCGAUGUGCCCAACCUGCUGAUCUCAGUUACCGGAGGUGCUAAGAACAUUGUUAUGAAGCCACAGCUGAGGAAUAUGUUCCGCCGGGGCUUGAUCAAGGUGGCACAGUCCACAGGUGCCUGGAUUAUCACGGGUGGCUCACAUGCCGGUGUCAUGAAGCAUGUCGGGGAGGCAAUGCGAGACUCUGCCUUGAGCAGUACGUCCAAAGAUGGAAAGAUUGUGGCCAUUGGCAUCGGCACCUGGGGGAUUGUGUAUAAUCAGGAAAGUCUGAUCAGAAGGCCAGGGAGCAGCUUGCCAGCAGAGUAUGCCAUUAAUGAGGGAAAGCAGGGCCGGCUGUCCUUUCUGGACUACAACCACUCGCAUUUCAUCCUGGUUGACGAUGGCACCCAUGGCAUCUAUGGGGUGGAGAUCAUGCUGAGGGCUAAACUGGAGAAGUUUAUAGCCAAACAGACCAUAGGGAAGAGUGUUGGCAUUAACAUCCCAGCAGUGUGCCUCGUGCUGGGGGGCGGCCCGGGCACCUUGGACACCAUCUACAACGCCAUGCAGAACGACACACCCUGUGUGAUCCUGGAGGGCUCGGGUCACGUUGCCGAUGUGAUCGCUGAGGUUGCCACCCUACCCCUUUCCCGGAUCACAGUGGAACAGGUACAGAAACACCUUAAGACCUUCUUCGCCAAGGACUUUGACUGUUUCUCUGAGGAUGAGAUUAUCGAAUGGACGAAGAAGAUCCAGGACAUCAUGAGAAUGCCCCAGCUGUUGACGGUCUUCCGAAUGGACAAGAAGGUCAACAAGGAACUGGACAUGGCCAUCCUGCAGGCUGUGCUCAAAGCUUCCAAGAGUGUGGACUAUCAUGGACAGGACAACUGGGAGCACCAGCUGAAGCUCGCUGUGGCAUGGAACAGGAUGGACAUUGCCAAGUGCAAGAUCUUCAAGGAUGACUGGCUCCUGAAGUCGACAGGCCUGCGUCCUGUAAUGAUGGUGGAGGCGCUGAUUGCAGACAAGUCCAAUUUUGUGAGGCUCUUCCUGGAGAAUGGCAUGAACCUCCAAGAGAUCCUGACCAAGAGCGUCGUGCUGGAGCUCUAUAACAACUUGUCUUCCAGCAGUCUGAUCUACCGCAUGCUGAUAAAGGAGGUGGAGGGGCCUGAGCUGGCACAUGGCCAGUGGAGGAUCCAAAUGCACCACGUCUCCAAUGUUCUUCAGGAGCUCCUUGGAGACUUCACCCAGCCCCUUUACCACCUGCAGCGGAGCAGCUCCAAGUUUGCAGUGUUCAUACAUGUGAGCCUCUCUGGCGAGUUAGAGCUGUCUUUCAGCUGCCUCUUUGCAGCCAGAAAUGGGAAGGAAGUGUUUGAAGAUCCCAUCCGAGACCUCUUCAUUUGGGCGAUACUCCAGUGCAGGACUGAGCUGGCCCAGAUUGUAUGGGAGCAGUGCCAGGAUUGCCUGGCUGCUGCCCUUGCAGCCUCAAAGAUCCUCAAAGAGCUGGCGAAGAAGGAGGAGGAUACAGAUGGAUCAGAAGAGAUACAGAACCUGGCCGAGGAGUAUGAGAAGCACGCCAUCGGAGUCUUCAACGAGUGCCAUCGCAGAGAUGAGGAACGAGCCCAGAAGCUGCUGAUCCGCAUCUCCAAGUCCUGGGGGCACACCACCUGUCUGCGACUGGCACUGGAGGCGGACAACCAGAACUUUGUGGCCCAGGGUGGCGUGCAGGCCCUGCUGACUAAGAUCUGGUGGGGACAGCUGGCAGAGGACACCCAUUUGUGGAAGGUGCUGCUCUGCAUGCUCUUCUUUCCCCUCAUCUACACUGGACUCAUCACUUUCAGAGAAAAAAAAAUAGGCACACAUGAUAUAAAUACUCCGAGUGGUGCAGUGAGACACUUCUACUCGGCUCCGGUGAUCGUCUUCUACUGGAACGUCGUCUCCUUCUUUGGCUUCCUGUGGCUGUACGCCUACGUGUUGAUGAUGAACUUUCAGAAGCAGCCGGUGUGGCAGGAGAUUCUCCUGUACGUGUGGGUCUGCACCCUCUUCUGUGAGGAGCUCAGACAGCUCUUCCACGGUCGGGACAAGUUUGGGUUCCUGAGGAAGGCAGAGAUUUACUUCAGUAAAAUUUGGAACGUAUUUGAUGUGCUGAGCUUCUGCUUCUUUGCAGCUGGAGUGGCCUGCAGGCUGACCCCCACCACUUUGUACUUUGGUCGGAUCAUUUUGAGCAUCGGCUUCAUCGUUUACUGCCUGCGGCUCGUGGACAUUUUUACUGUAAAUAAAAACCUGGGGCCAAAGAUCAUCAUAGUGAAGCGCAUGCUCAAAGACAUCUUCUUCUUCCUCUUCCUGCUGGGUGUUUGGGUUGUGGCCUAUGGAGUCGCCAGACAGGCCAUCCUGAUUGAGAAUGAGACCAGGCUGGAAUGGAUAUUCCGUGGGGUCGUGUACCAGCCUUACCUCACCAUCUUUGGACAGAUGCCCUCAAGCAUGGACAGUGUGAACUACGACAGAAGCCAGUGCACCAUGAAUGGCACCAACCCCACCAAACCCAAGUGCCCCAUUCUGGACAGUAACGGGAAGCCGGCCUUCCCCACCUGGCUGACCAUCAUUCUUGUCUGCAUCUACCUGCUGUUUGCCAACAUUUUGCUCCUCAACCUGCUGAUUGCCAUGUUCAACUUCACUUUCCAGAUGGUACAGGACAACAAUGACCAGAUCUGGAAGUUCCAGCGUUUUGGGCUGAUCAAGGAGUACCACUGUCACCCGACAUUCCCACCACCCUUCAUCAUCUUGGUGCACAUCUACUUGUUCUUCAAGCGGGUUACCAAGCGGAAGGAGGACAAGAGAUACAAGCAGUUCAAACAAGAGCUGCCCAACAGCGAGGAGAUGGCGCUCCUCUCCUGGGAGUCCUUCAUGAAGGAGAUCUACCUGAUGAGACUGCAGCAGAAGCUGAGCAACAGCAACGAGCAGAAGAUCCAGGACCUGGCCGAUAGGGUUGGCAUUUUGGUCAAACUAGUGGAAGGUGACAAUGGCAGGCAGGUCAUUGAGAAGCGUCUGGCUCACUUGGAGGAGCAGGUGUCAAUGUCUACUGAGGCGUUAGGCUGGAUUGUGAACGCCUUGGCGGCCAAAGGCUUCGGCUCCUGCCAGGGGGAGCUGGCAUGCUGUGGGAAGAGAAAGGAGGUGGAGCAGAAAGAGACCCUCGACAAGAAGGUGGUCCCCGAGCGUCACCAUCAUGUGAAUGCCAGACAGCUGCUGUACCCGGGCUCAAGUGUCAAGCGUUUUCCUGUGCCAGAUGAGAGGGUGCCCUGGGAGGUCGACUUCAGUGCCUACAAGCCCCUGGUAUACAACGCCCAGACAGGACCUGCGACCGAAGAACCAAACGGCCAGAAUCCCAUGGGAAGGACGGGCCUGAGCGGAAGAGGGAAACUCCAUCAUCUGGGACCCAACUACUCCAUGGACCUGAUCCUCACCUGCUGGAAGAGGAACUCGGACGGCUCGGUUUGCGUGAAAGCCGCUAAGAAGGUGCUGCGGUUCUUCUCAGUAAAGCGCAAGGAGUGCCAGCAGUGGGCCUUCCCGGGGGGCCCGCUGCAGCCGGGUGAAGUCUUACCCGCGAGGCUCAAGGGGAUCCUCGGCUCGUUUCUCCAAAAGAAGAUCACAAAGAUGCUGAGUCACGGCAGGGAGGUUCGAUGCUCUCGCUCUUUCCUUACGUUUCCCUCCUCUCACCCGACUCCCCUCUCGCAGGUCUACAAGGGCUACGUGGACGACACCAGAAACACGGACGAGGCCUGGAUUGAGACCACCGCCAUCAACCUUCACUUUGAGGAGGACGACGAGGUGCUCGCCGAACUCAAGAAGCUUGUAAGUGUCUGGCCAGAAGUGCCACCAAGUGACCACCCCGCUGUGGUCUGCCUGGAUGACAUAACAGACCCCAAAGCAGAGAUCACCGCCGCCUGGCAGGACGCCGACCAGCUGGCCAAACUCACUGCCAACCACAGAGAGCUCCUGCAGAAGGUGGCAGUGAUGUGGCAGGCCCACUGCUGA